UGAUCUUCCUUUUCUUUUAAAUCAAUGUAUUCAACGAAAUUCUUGCGUACUUCCAUCAACAAAAUUCUUCCGGGAGAGCCAUGAAGUCCAAGCCGCUAGUACAACAUGCCUAUGGAGGAAUCGACACUCAGCUUGUGACUUGUGAGAGCCCCUUUGUACAUAUUUGAUUUCACCAUUCUCUCUGAUCUGAGAGAGAUGUCAAAACGCUUAACAGAUUAUGAGAACUCUAUUGCUGCCCUUGUUGUGAACGUGAUAUGCUCUUUCUAUACACUUUUUCUUUUGGACAGGAUUGUGUUACACAUAAUUGCACCUUGUCUUUCUGGAAGCACUGCGUCCUUUAAGCUACAGACAAGGAAGAAGAAGAAAGAAACUGUCCCACAGUCGAUAAGCAUCCCCCCUGUUGCCACUGGUGGAGAGCCAGAAUUCAUGACUGUCAAAAUUGUGAUGAUGAUCACCCAUUCUGACAUGGAUCGGGGAUUUGGAGCAGCUACUGUUGCAGAUCAGCUGGUUGCAGCAGCAAUCACUUAACCUGCAAUUUUACCGGAUUUCCACUGUGGAUUACAUCAAGUUCAUGCAGAUAGUACACAUGAACUUCAAGUCUGCGCAGCCG